UUCCUCAUUUGGUGAUUGAGAAAAUGAAAAACGAAAGCUGCAGAAGUGUUCUUAUCAUGUGUUUUUUUUAUCAGCUAAACAUUGAAAAGUUUUUCAUGAAUUAAGGAAUAUAUAUGCUGUAUGCAGGUUUUUCCAACCUUGGAGGAUUUGGAGCUGUCCUCAAUCAACAUUCAGAGAAUCUGGCAUAAAAAACUUCUGGCAACACCUUCUUGUGCUCAAUAUUUAACAUGCUUAACUAUCGAGGGCUGUCACAAUUUAAACUGCCUAUUCUCGUCCUCAAUGAUGGAAAGUUUUGUGCAACUCAAGAGGCUUAACAUUGAGAAUUGUGAGAAUGUAGAAAAAGUAAUCUUGACAGAAGGAUUAGCCAAAGAAGAACUGAUGAGCCAAAAGUUGUUCUGUACACUAGAAUUCCUCUUGCUUAAAGGCCUUCCCAAACUGACGAGAUUCUGCCAUGGAAGUUACUUUGAAUUCCCCUUGUUGAGAAUUCUUAGGAUAGAGAGUUGUCUUACUUUAGAUACGUUUGUCUCUGAUGCAGAAGGAAACAACUCAGAGAUUGCCUCUCCAACUCUUUUCAAUGAAAAGGUGGCAUUCCCUUGCUUAAAGGAAUUGAGCAUCAUAGGUGUGGGAAACUGGAGAAAGAUAUGGCACAACGAGUCAACCAACUCCGUGAGGAUUCAUUUUGCAAAUUCCUAAAACUUCAGUAGUUGUUUGAUUGUAAAAGACUCGAAUACUUUUUUUCAUUUAAGUUUGUGAGACACUUAAGGCUCAAUCAUGUUCCUUCAAUUUAAGUGAGAAAUCAGAUGGUAAAUAAAAUUUUCACUUCCAUAACCUUCAUUUUUUUUUUCUCACACACUUCGUUGUUAACACCUUACCAAAUUCUGUAGGUUAAAAUCAACACAGCUCAGACCUGAAUUUUGAUGCAUACAUGUGUUAGGAUCUACCUUGAAUGCACCUGUCAGGAAUUUAAACAUAUUCAAAUGCACUUGCUUUACAGAGUAGAAUAUAGUGAUCAUGAAAACUUCAAACCAAGGUACAGCUGGUGUUCAUUAACUUAUAUCCAGAAUACAAGUAAUAAAUUUGAUGACCUAAGUCUGGAAUUUCCAGUAAAACAAUGGUUGUUAAUGACCUUAUAUGCCCCCAAGCUCUAAACCC